AUGCAUGGGCCGGGCAGUGUCUGCCGGGGGCGGGCAGGCGGGCUCUGGGCGGUAUUUCUGCUCGCCGGCACUUCUCCGCCGCCGCCGCCUCCAGCCAGCCAGCCAGCCACGCUCUGGCCUCCCCAGGGGCGGGCGGGGGUCUGCGGGCGGCGGGGGGGGCGGCCGGGCGCGGCGCCAGAGAGGCAGCCAAUCACGGGCGGGCAGCGCUGCGCUUUGUGCAUCCAGAGGCAAGACGAGGCAGCCCCCCCCGCCCCCCAACCGGGGCCGCCGCCACCGCCGCCGCGGAGCUCUGCCGAGACCGAGGCGGAGGAGGAGACGCCGGACAGCGAGCCAGCCAGGAACAGAGGAGCAGGGCUUGGGAAGUGGAAAAUGGAAAGUGGACAGGACACUAGUAAGAAAGGUGUUGAGAGAUCCAGUGGAAUCCAUACCAACACACGACUGACUGAACCAACAGAGUGAUCUUAGAAACCUGUGUGCAGAAAAAUAUAAAGCCAUGUUCCAAGCCAACAGUACAACCAGUACAACCUCUACUCAUGAGGCAAAAAACGACUCAGGAGCAUCCACCGUGCAGAGAUCCAAGAACACAGAAUGGAGCACAAUGGAGUGAGGAACUGUGCCUUGCCCACAAAGGAACCAGAAAACUUCCAGUCUCUACGUCAUUCAGCAUGAAGGCCCAAGUGAAGGAAACAUGCAGUGCCUGCCAGAAAACAGUCUACCCCAUGGAGCGUCUGGUGGCUGAUAAAUUUGUUUUCCAUACCAGCUGCUUUUGCUGCAAGCAUUGCCAUGCCAAGCUAAGCCUGGGCAGCUAUGCAGCUCUUCAUGGGGAAUUCUACUGCAAGCCACACUUCCAGCAGCUCUUCAAGAGCAAAGGCAACUACGACGAGGGUUUUGGGCGCAAGCAGCACAAGCAGUUGUGGUUGCAGAAAGAGGCACAAAAUGGGACUGAGACAGCUUGAUCUGCCAGCUCCUCUUUACCUAUUGUGAGGGCCUUGGUAUAGGGGUGAACUGAGCUGAUGGAAAACACUGGUAGUGGUUGAGGCUGCUAUGAGCAGGAAAGGCUCAGCCUAGCAGAUGUGAGUGGGUUGUAUAACUUGGGUGGUAAGCCGUGGUGCACUGAACAGCUGCCAAGAAACCCCGGAAUAGAUGGGCAGUAGUGGACAAAGUGAAAAAUUUGUGCAAGAAUAGGCAUGGGACGAGGCUGUUAGCACUGGUGGUAAACAUGCCUUAUGUAUGGAAUCUAUUUGUGGUACUACCCCUUGGCUGAGAGAACUCCCCUGCCUACUAUUCAAACCAUGGCACGUACAUCUCCCUUCACUGACACCACCCACUUGGCAAUCCAACCAUUCAAUCUUUCCACAAACCUGCUGAGGAAGCUGGAUUUGGGGAGUUGAAGUUACUCUCUCUCUUGCCUUUGAAUGUUGGUACAAAAAGAACUUCUUUUAGACAAAUAGCAUUUUGCCUGAUUCCUCCAUAUUUUUUUUAAAGCAAUCUUAUUAAUUCAAUUUUAGAGGGUGUAACAGGUCAUUUUCCUUUCUGAUUUCUUGGAUCCAGGAGCCCUGCUUCCAGGUAGAAAUUUUACAGUAGGAUAGGGAAAUCUGUCCCAGGAUGUAACUGGAAGGCACACACUAUAGCAGACUUGCUGAAGUUCAGCAGGUCUGUCUGAUCAAAGCCUAGGAACUCUGUAAACACCAUUUGGAAUUCCAUGGGCUGUAAAUGACAUUCCUCUGAUCACCGAUUUGCUGAUGGCUUUCACUUUUCUCCCUUGGUAAACAAUCCUUGAGAAGGGGGUGGGCGUGUGUAUGUGAUAGUGUAACAUCUGGAAUCUUCCCCUCCACACCAUGUGCAAAACUGAUGACAAAUUGGGCCAGCAAAUAGAAUUCUAAACUUUUCAUUCUCAUUUACAUCAGCUCAGCUCUGCCCAAAUAUUCAGCCUUAAACCCUGGGGAGGUGUUGCAGAUUCUUUUAUAUUUGCCUUUUUGACUGGUAUGUGAUAAGCAUGAACGUGUGUUAUGGCUUCGAGCCUCAUCGUUUGCUCCUUUUUAAAUAUUAUUUUUGUAAUACAGGUUUUUUUUAAUGUUUCUUGCUACAUGCUGUUUUAUUAAAAGGUUUAAGAAUAA